GUUGCGACGGUCAACCGCCACGAGGCGGACCGGGCACUGACCGGGCUCUCCUCCUGAGCUCGCCCAGGAAGUCCCUGGGGCAGCCCCCAGCGUACUAUUCGUGCUCCCCGGCUCUACCGUGCUUGAUUCAUUAGCUUCGUCCUGAUUCGCACACGAUAAUAUCCUGGACGGGUUUUCUGGUUUCUGAACUUCACAAUUGUGACGUGCGGGACGCGCACGAUCGCGACGCGAUGGCUGACGCGACGAUGCUCGACUCUCAUCCAGAGCUGACCACGAUGGCCUCCACCGGAUCGGACCCGGGAUCUCACAAUUCAAAGCAGAAGGCAGCCCGGCCUACCCUCGCCUCGCUUGCGAAGACGAUCAAGCCCCCUGCGCAUCCCCUCCAUUUUGUCCAGAAGGCGCCCCGGCCGACGAUAACAUCCUCCAGGCCUGCCAUACGUCCCCUACCGCGACGCGAUGCGGGACAGAUCAGCUCUCGAGCCGCCGGCAAGCAACCAGCUCUCCCAACGCGUCCGGCAGCACGUUCGACCGCACACUCUUCGCAGCUGAUCACGCGCCCUACCGCGACUCCGAUCCCAUGGACUCAUUCCGACGACCGGGAUGAACCUCCCGCACUCGCUGGUCACACCUCGCCCUGGCCAAAGCUUCCCUACGAACUCGUCCAGCAGAUCCUUACCACUGCCGCGCGGUUCUCGUGCAAGCAUGCGUGCGCCAUGUCAUUGGUCAACAAGACCUCGCGAUGGGAAGUCUCCCGCCUGGUGGCGACGCACAAGGGCGCCGUGCGCUUCGUCGAGCACGCGCAAGCCGCGGAGAUCGUGCACCUCGGUAAUCCUCAAAUGAUUCGCCACCUGUGGUUGGCCAGCUCGACGGAGGAUAGUCUUCGCCUGGUCGUGACUGCGGCAGCCGGGCUUGAAUCGCUAUGCAUGGCGACCUAUGACCUCGAGCGCCUCUUUACAGAAUACACAUUCGACCGCAGCGCAGCGAGCGGCUCCGGUUCCAUGGUGCUGGACAGCGCACCCAUCAGCUUCCCUCGAGGUCUGUCCCUCACGCUCGACCAACCGCCGCAUUGGGUGUGUCCGAUGUACGAGCGCGUGUGCGACCCGGAGGUAUGGCUCGCGUUCUCGCGCGCGGUGACGCGUCUGCGGUUGACCGAGUUCCGAAUCGACGACGAACGGAAGGAGGCCGCGGUCAGCGCCUUGCUCAAGAGGCUCCCGAACGUGACGCAUCUCGCGUUGCCGGCGUUCCGGUGCCAGCCAUACACGCCCGUCGAGCUCAUGCGGAGGAUGCGAAGGGUGAAGAGGUGGCUGGCGACAGCGAGCCAGAGCGUGCGGGUCGUGGUACUGGUUGUAGACUGGGAGGAUUGGGUGACGGCCAACGGGUGGACAAGCUCAGCGCGACGCGCGUUCGAUCGGCUGGUGGCGAGCUUGAAGGGUCUGGACGAGCGGUUUUACGUCGUGGCCGGGAGGGCAAAGGCCGGGGAGGAAGCGAAAGCGCGGAGGAGAAUAUGGGAGGAGGAGAGGUGGGUCGGGGAGGAUGUAUGGGAUAAGGCUACAAGGACAAGGAGGAAGGUCUGCGGAGAGGUGGUAUAAAGACGUUUCAUUCCGGAUAUUACUGCCUCAUUUAACAACGUGCACCGACGUCGCCUCUUCCACAGGUGAUUCAAACUUCCCUUUGCGUCCAUGGUCCCGGCUUGGUAAAUUGAUGGUAGAAGAUUACUAUCUGCCCUCAGUCCCAGUCACGUUCUUCCUUCCGCCCUCCCGUUCAUUCGCUAUUGGAUUCCUGUUUUCAACUGCGAGCUUUUCAAAUGUCCCUGAGCGAUGUCAAUACUCACUUGCGUCACUUGCAUCAUAUAACCAGCUUUACGCUAUUGUU